GCAAGUACACGGGUGGCAGUACUUUGACGGUCCAAAAGUCACAUUUAGGCAGCAUAAAAUUAAUCCACAAGACUCAAGUCGAUCAAUGAAUGUCUUCUGAAGCAACUCGACGUCUUUUAUAAUAAAAACUUGAACUUUUAAAAGCGCUUCCUGCCAGCAGUUGAUGCAUCAUGUAGCGGUCGCGUGAUGUAAGCGCGAGUUCAUGUGAAAAUUCGGAAGCGCCGCUUAAUUUAUUUUACAACAGAAGAACGAACAUGGCAUGAGUUCUGCCAUUUUAAACAGCGUCAGAGCCCUGGACGGAAGCGCUGAUUUAAAGUUAAAAACAUUUUAAUUAUCGACUUGUUUCGUACAUAAACCUAACGAUUAGCUUCAGAAGACAUUCAUUGUACGAGUUGUGCAGAUACUUUUAUGCUGCCGGUGACUUUUGGACCAUCAAAGUGCUUGCAACCGUUUAUUUGCAUUACAAGGACCUGACAGAGCUCCAUCUUCUUCUUAAAUAUUUAUUUUGUGUUCUGCUGAAGAAAGACAGUCAUACACAUCUGGGAUGGCAUUAGGGUAAGUGAAUAAUGAGAGAAUUGGGUGAACUAUUCCUUUAACUUGCACUGAAACCGGAAUAUUCCUAUAAGUCCUUUUUUACUAUAAAUUCUCCCUGCCCAGUAGGUGGCGAUAUGCACGAAGAAUGUGAAUUGCCAUAAACAAGUGGAGAUUUAAAGUAAAAAAAUAAAUAAAAUAAAAAUUAAAAAAAAGACUUCUCACCCACACCUUUCAUUAUGCUUCAUCAUAUGUUUCAGAUUUUCAGUUCAGUUGGAAUAAUCUGCCGAUAAAGUAAACAAAUGUUUGAUGCUCUCAUAAUCUUGAACUGGCAGCUGAGCUGCAUCUCAUUAGUCAAGUGGUCCAUCAAGUGAAGCAGUCACUUUUUUCAAGGUGGUUUUACGCAAGGAGGAAGACGGGCGCGCGCACUGAACGCUAUCUUGUCUCGCUCUUUGACUACGGGAAGAAGAAGAAAAAAAAAACGACGCCACGCGCGCUUUAACCAGUGCAGACAGCUACGGCUCGAGCGCCUCGGAUGAACUCGGAGGCUGGUAGAUGCGCGAGACCUAGGCCAGCCACGUAGCAAUGGUUUGUAAACGGUAACGACGGCUGGAUCGGACUGUCUAGUCGCAAAUCGAAGGAAUGAAUGAUAUCUAGCGAAUGUCUGCGCAUGCACGCGAUAGGAAACUAUUUCCAAACUCUCACGGCACCCGCCAAGGAUCACUUUGUCUCAAGCAAGAAUUGUGUAGAUGUGUAUUUUAUUCGAUCCCCACACAACUGGAGGUCCACGGAAUGAAGGAGAUGGCGCUCGUGUCUCGGGUAGUGUCUGUCUGCAGGGUGCCGAUCUAGAGCAUCUGGUAAUGACUGCGAGAUCCAAGCGUUGAGUGCGAAGAUGCAGUCAGAACACUGACACGGGGAAGGUGGAUUCUUUGUCUGAUUCAGUAGAGAGUGUAGAUGAGGCACCUCUAUUGUUUCUGCAAGUGAAAUGGAGAUGCUGUUGAGCGAUUGAAGCUUGGAUCUAAAGGCAAGAAUACUUGAAUUGAGAAGACAUCUUAUAUUGGAAAAAUAUGUACAAUGCAGACUUUCGUGCGCACUGUUGAGGACUACAAUUAGUUGAUAUUUGACUUCCCAUCUCAUAUUUUUUUUUUUCACUAUAGUGAAAGUAAUGGGGGCUCUGUUUGGGUUAGGUUAACGUGUGUUUGGGUUUUACCCAUUCCACACUCCUGUAUACCUCCUCUUCUCUUGAACCUUCAGUUUCUUUUGCCCUUCUCUCGUUCUGUAGAGGAGAGUUUGGUCGCCCUUGCACCUGUAUCUCCUUGACAGGAAAUAGUUGUGAUUCUCAAACUUGAAGUGGGAAACGCGUAAGACGUUUAAAAAGAACACCACUCCCGCAAACAGAUGCCAAUGAAGUCCUGCCAGACACUGAAGGAGGAGGUGUUUGGCCCAGAGACAAUGUCUCAUGAGGAGACUCAACCCUCCCAAACCUAUUUCCAGAACCCCUCCACUCCAGAUGCUGAACUAUCGGCAAAAAUAUUCAAACGAGACACUGCGGCCCAACCAUUCUCUGUGGUCGUCGACAACACGAUGGGUACUAGGCCAGAGUCACACAUGCCCUCUGAUCUGAACCCCCUUCCUACCCCAACUCAACAGUUUUAUAUGGAAGGAACUGAACAAUCCGGGACAAAGGGGGCACUGCAUAGCAGGAAUGGAGGAACUUCGGAAGAUUCGGAAGCCGAAGAGGGAGCAGAGGCAGAGGACGAAUUUAAGCAUGGACAGAUUAUCGUGGAGGUCAACCUGAAUAACCAGACACUCCAUGUGUCCAAAGGGGAUGACACGGCAAAUCCUAACACUGCAGAAAUAGACAUGAGCAACAGUGAUGAGGAGGAGGAGGAAGAAGAUGGUGCAGAAUACGAUGACAGUGCUGAUGAGGAUCUGGAAGAGGAGGAUGAAGAAGAGGAAGAGGAACACAACAGUCGGCGAACAAGAGCUCAACGGGCACACGGUGGACGAGCGGCCAGUCAGCCGCAGCGGAAGAGUCGCCGUGUAAUGCCGUCAUCGGCAGGAAGCACCAGCAUGACCACUAGGGGGCGGAGGAAGAAUGCAGGGGCCCCGGCCCGAAAGUGUAGACCUGCCAGGGAGGCCAAAGGCUCCGUCUCUUCUGCCUCAAGAGCAACGGGUGCAAGAGGAGGGCCCAAGGGAGAGGGUGAGGAGAAAGAAACGCUGGCAUGUGAAAAAUGUCCACGUGUGUUUAACACCCGCUGGUACUUGGAGAAACACAUGAAUGUCACGCAUAGACGCAUGCAAAUCUGCGACAAAUGCGGGAAGAAGUUUGUGCUGGAGAGUGAACUCGCUCUGCACCAGCAGACAGACUGUGAGAAGAACAUCCAGUGUGUGUCAUGUAAUAAGUCCUUUAAGAAGCUGUGGUCCCUCCAUGAACACAUUAAGAUUGUCCAUGGCUUUGCCGAGAAGAAAUUUGCCUGUGAGAUUUGUGAGAAGAAAUUCUACACCAUGGCUCAUGUCCGCAAGCACAUGGUCGCUCACACAAAGGACAUGCCGUUUACCUGUGAAACCUGUGGAAAGUCUUUUAAGCGCAGCAUGUCACUGAAAGUGCACUCACUCCAGCAUUCAGGAGAGAAGCCCUUCCGUUGUGAGAACUGUGAUGAGAGGUUCCAAUAUAAAUACCAGCUGCGGUCGCAUAUGAGCAUUCACAUAGGACACAAGCAGUUUAUGUGCCAGUGGUGUGGCAAAGACUUCAACAUGAAACAGUAUUUUGACGAGCACAUGAAGACACACACAGGUGAGAAGCCAUUCAUCUGUGAGAUCUGUGGGAAGAGUUUCACCAGCCGCCCCAACAUGAAGCGACAUCGUCGCACCCACACAGGAGAAAAGCCGUACCCUUGCGAAAUCUGUGGUCAGCGUUUCCGCUUUUCCAACAUGCUCAAGGCACACCGAGAGAAGUGUUUUCGGGUCACCAGCCCGGUGACCCUUCAAUCUGCCACCAUGACGAUUCCUAUCCAGCUUACUGGCCACACCCCCUCACCAUCAGGCCACACCCCUAGUCCACCCCAAUCCAGCCAGUCAACACCCUCCAUUGCAUCCGUUGGCCCUGGAAUGAUCAGUCCCGUCACGGGACCCCUCCCCCAUAGAGUGGUUACCAGCCACAGCUAUACUCAUUUGCACAUGCAGACCACAUCCAUACAUCAACACCCCGCACACACUCUGACUUCUGUCCAUCAUACAGGACAUGCCCCCCUGACGAGCCACGCCCCUCAGCACAUUUCAUUGCAGCCUUCUGUCCUGCCCCUGCCCCAUGCGCUUUUCAAGAGUGAGCCAAUAAACCACUGUGUGCAUGAGGAUGCAUACAUGCGACAGGGCACCACUCAGCAACACCACUGAAACACGUUUUGCACCGAAUGCAGCUCAAAUAAGGUGCUCAUAGGAGAACAGAUUGGACAGACACAUUUCUGCAUUAUACAAAUAUUUACGAAAAUGUGAUGAUUUUUGUGGGGGGGUAACACAACUGAUGACUACAAACAUAUUUGCCACUAGCAUUCAUGACCAAAAAGGUUUUUUUGUAGUUUGAUGAACUCUGUGAACUAGCACUCAAGAACACAAACAACUUCUGAUAGCAUUACUCUGAUUCAUCAAGCUCUGGUUGUACAAAAUCACAAUGAACAAAACAUUGUGUGCCGUUGUGGUUUAAACAUGCUCUAUCAGCUUCUCUGUCCUCUCUUAGGGGCCGUUCACACAACACGUUUUUGUGUUUUUUUAAGUGUUUUUCUAAGUGUGCUAGAUGGGUGUCCUUGACCAUUGUACCACGUCUAAAAGAACUUAAACUUUUUAAAAUGUUUGAAAUUAUUGUUGCUCUGGGUCUUUUUUUCCCUGCAAGAUCCUGUUCGGCCUGAACGGCCCUUACUUGUUAUCAACUCAGCUGCUGUUGCAAAGGUUCUACGGGUUCAAACAUUUACAGGUUAAAGGUCUACAUUUCAAAAUCACAAAUCUUUCACUUUAAAACGCAGUGUAACCUCUUUAGAAAUGCAGGUCUUCCCAACAAUGGAAAAUAUUCCUACAUAAUGAAAUAGCUUACAUCACACAAACAUAGUAUACAGCACUUAGUGUAGGUUACUACACUCAGUGUAGUCUACAUGACUGAAACUAUUCUGUUGCCUGAUUGUGGUUGUUGUCAGUGGUUUUAUUACUAUAUAAUUUUUUUUUCUCUCGUUAUUAUUAAAAUGUGCUUACUUGAUAAUGCUUGUAGCUCUCUGGCAUGUUCAGUCAGAGUUUAAGACUGUUAAGAAUGACCGAUGCUGUGAUGUGAAAUAGAAGGACUGCACCUGAAGUGGAAAAAGCAAAUUCUUUGUUUUACUGUAUGUACUAUAUGAUCUAACUCACUUAACCAAUAUUUUUAUUUGUAUAUUGUAGAUACACUUGCUCUGAGAGAAUUUUUAAAAGGAAAUCAGAUGUGUGCGUGUAUGUGUGUGUGCGAUAAUGAGUGAGUUAUUGUGAGAGUUUGUGUGAUAGGUUGGACAACGUGGAAAGGGUUUGUUUCUAGUCAUGUAUUCAACAGAAUAUAGGAGAGGAGUGCCGUUACUUGUGUGUGACUGUGAAUCUCUUUGUGACUGAUUAUGCCCCUGUUGUGCUGGUAUCAAAUGCUGCUUUUUAGUUUCUAUAUAUCUUUUUCUGGUACAUGAUUCUUUAUCAUGCAGAUGCUUUAAGGAAUAGUUCACCCAAAAAUGUUAUUCUAUUUACUCACCCUCAUGUUGUUCCUGACCCCUAUGACUUUCCAGCAAGAAGUCCAUGCUAACUUUUUUGAUUCAAUAAAAGUGAAUGUGACCAUGGCUGUCCCUGGUCCCUAGCCACUUUCAUUGUUUGGAAAAGAGCAGCUUUGGGUGGAGGUUGAACUGUCCCUGUAAAGAAUGUGUGUAUGAAUGUUACAAUGAUGUGUUUAUGUUGAACAGUGAAGUUCGGAGCAGCACAGAGAAAGUAAUGGGAAGCCUUGAGUCAAUCAGGCUGUUGAUUGAUUGUGAUUUUGUUUGUUCUCUUAUUAGACCGUCUGUCCUCUGCACUUUACUGCCAAGUUCAAGGUUUGCGCAACUGUCAAAAUUUGUUUUGUUUUUUUUUACAAGCGUCUCCUUUUGUGUAUCAAAGGACAAAGAACUUGUUUGGAACAAUAUGAAUGUGAGUAAGUGACCGAAUAAUAAUUUGUUUUUGGGGUGAACUAUCACUUUAAAGUUGGCGGGCUGUUGGAAAAUGGUGAGAAUCACAUUUGGACAAGUUGGGAACCUUUAUUAAAUGUCAGUGAAAUUUUGUCAGUUACUAUAUUUGAUCCAUAAGUUGUAUUUUGCCUUCAUGUGCCACCCUUUUUCACCUGAGAUGUGCUCUCGUUGGUAAAUGUGGCUGUCAUUCCUGUCCUUUUUUAACCAAUGUGUUCUGAGUUAUAUGCAUCUGAUUCUCUCCCUUCUCCAUCAGUUGACCAAAAGCAAUUUCAAAUAAAAUCUUGCUAGAUAAGCAAAAUAAGCAGACCAUAUAAUGUUUAUACUUGUGAGGUGUUUUAAAAACAAAUGGACUUUCUCUUCUCAUCCAGUCUGUUUCCACCUACACACCCAUUCGAGCAGAGUUUUAUUUUAGCAUUGUGUCUGGUACAAAAACAUUUGACCUUCUUUGAGUUCUGUUUCAUGUUAUUUUUCUGAGAGACAUCAUAGACUUGCAUUAAUAUCGGGCCUUUUUUUAUAAUGUUCAUUUAACACACUUUCUGCUCUACUUUUAAGAAGUAAAAAACUAUUGAAUUAGCCACAAGCACAACUCACUUGUCUGAAUUUGUAUGUAUUUGUGCAUGCUGUUGGUUGUAAAGUGUGUUCCAGAUAGGGACUUG